CACAAUAACAAAAAUAGUUAUUAGAUUAGUAACAAAAAUUAAAUUCCACUCUGGAGAUUAAAAUAUUUAUUUCUAGAUAACAGCUAAAUAUCUAAAUAUGUCUGGAAACGUAAAUAUAUGUGAAAUUACAGACGAAGUCAAACAACUUCUCAAAGAUUUCAGGUUUAGAAAAGUAAAAGAUACUGCUGCCCUUAUUUUAAAAGUUGACCGCGAAAAGCAACAAAUAAUCCUAGAUGAACAACUUGAUGAUACAAGCAUCGAAAGUUUACAGGAAAAUUUGCCCAGUCACCAGCCUCGCUUUGUAGUUUUAUCUUACAAGCAAGAACACAAAGACGGUAGAAUAUCGUAUCCUCUAUGUUUUAUAUUUCUCACACCUCAAGACAGUCAUCCAGAGCUUCAGUUGAUGUAUGCAGGUUCGAAAUUGGCUUUGCAAAAAGAAGCCGAUUUAUCUCGGGCUUAUGAAAUAAGAGAGCUAGACGAUUUCACGGAAGAGUGGUUACUUGGUAAACUUGGCAAUUAGUAAUUACUAAUUUGUAUUGUGGCAAAAUGGAAUUGUAUUUUGGGUCCUUGAGUCAUCAAAAAAGAAAAAUAUCAAAAAUAUAUACUCUUAAAUAGUCUUAUGUAUUUACCAUUGAAGCUUCCAAAAAUCUAAAACAAUUAAGAUGGUAAAGAUAUAUUUAGUUUAUAAUUCUAUUUUUCAAAGUUGUACUGCGAUAAAUGCUAAAAAUUUCUUUAGGAAUUCUGUAAUUUAGGUUUAAAAUUUUGUUACCAUAUUGUAAAUUAAUAAAUCAUUAUUACUAUUUAUAUCUCAAUUACCUAUUCUAUUAUUCAUUUUUAUCUAUAUGAAAAUAAUAAUUUAUAUUUAUAAGGGGUGUUCAAAAUCAAAAUUGCUAUGUUUUUUUAAACAUGUCUCAGCAAUAUUUUUCUUUAAUGUCAAAAUGUUAUGUCAAAAAUUUUGACCAAUAAAGAAACAAUAAUGUGAUAUAUGUUUUCAUCCGAGCAAUAUUUGUUUUUUUUUUUUUUAAAAGCCCGUUACAUAUAGGUAUAGAAGAUUAUGUCUUUACAAUUAUUUUAUAAUGUAAAAUAUUUAAAUGUAGGAAGUUAUCUCGGAAGUUAUUUAUAAUUUAUAAAAAAAGUAUCUGUUUUUGAAAUGCCUAUGAUAUACUGCCAGAAGAAUUAUGUUAUCUUUUAGGCUUUAAAAAUAGCGAAUUAAGGAAUUUUUAAUAUUUGUAUGUGUGUAUUAAUAAUUAAUAUUUUUUACAGAAUGUUGGUUUGCGUCUGAUGUAAUCGAAACAAUUAAAAUCAAAUACAAAAAUCAUUCCCAGAGAUUUUUUCCAAAAAAAAAAUCUUGAGUAUGUAUUUCCAUUCGGUAACUGUUUAAUUAUAACAAAAUGAACUAAUAGAAAUUUUGUUAAUUUUGAAUAAAUUUACUUUUGUUGUCACUGCCCCCACUAACUGCUGAUUUCCCAAAACAUAGGUUUCGGCUUCAAUCACUGUUUCAAUAGGGUACUUGCAUGGAAAAUUAAAUUGAUUAUUGUUUAUUGCAAACUGUAGGAAAUCGAAAAAAAAUCGUUACUUGAUGUCAUAGGCAUAUUUCAUAGUGUUGUAUCUCCGUCAAUUUUUGACUAAGAAGAAAAAGAAAAAACAUGUGUUGACUUAUUUUUUAUAGACAAAAUCAGCAAUAAAAAAAAUGGACGCAAGUACCCUAUUAUAUGAAAGUAAUAUGUAUGUCAGAUACUUUACAUUUGCAUUUGUUCAGGGCUACAGUACAAACAUUUAUUUGGAAAAAUGCACAUCAAAUUCAAUUAGAACCUAUCGACUAUUCUUCAUUUGGCUAUGAAGAGAAUAAUAAUUGUAACUUCUUACCCAAAUGAUCACGUUGCCUUUGCCAGAAUCAUUGUGUUGCAGUUGUAAAAAGUCAGAAUCACCCUGUAUUGCAUUGUGUUAUGUGAAAGCAUGAAUAAUGAUUGUCUAAAUAAAAAUUACCAAUUAUUUGUCUCAUUCCAAUAUCUUUCUACUUGCAUCUGCUGUUUCCUUUUGUAAAUGUUUCAGAAUACUCUUUUAAAAUUAUUUAUUUUUUUACUUCAUGUUUCUUUGUUGUUGAUUUUGAACCUCCGACUUCUGGGAUUCCAGCCCCAUGCUCUAGUACAUUUUCAGAUAAUAAUAUUAAUAAUAAAUGCGCUGCUAUAGCUAGGUCACCAUACCUCUAGAGGGCAGCAACCCAGGGUCGUGAGUUCAAAUCCCACUAGUAACAGCACAUUUUAACAGACUUUUUCAUUUAAAACCCUUUUGUCUCUUUCACCAUAAGAGAAAACUGAAUUGGAACUAUCAUAGUCAUUGAAAUCACACACAUAGCAUAAUGCUCCAUGAAUUUCCUGUAUACAGGUAAAAAAAGAGGGGCUUUAAAAAAUGGACCAAAAAAUGAACCCGAAAGAACCAGAUUAUUAAUUUUUGAACUUUCCUCAGCUACUAUUCAUUGAUAAAAAGCGGUCCUCACAUUUUGCAUACUCAUAUCCAUCUAACUCCUGGUCCAAUGGUUUGUUUGCUUUUUAAUUUUUAUUUGGUUAUUUUUUACCUUAGAACUAUGUCAGCUAUGUCAAAAAGAUGUACUUCUUGGACAAUAAAGCAUAUUUUGUUUUGAUUUAAUAAUGUAAAUCACAAAGUAAAUAAAAAUACAAAGUAUUUUCUUAUGUGUAUUAUAAACCUAUAUUUACAAUCGAAGGGCUCCCUUUUUUUAUUCUAUGGCUACUGUGACUUUAUAAAUAAUACAUAAAUGAAAAAAAAAAGAAAACGUACAUCUAAUAAUAAAUAACUAAGUUCACAAAAUGGGAGACAGGAAAAUUCAGUUCUAAAAUUUCAGUGGGUUAGCGUAUUUUUUUUUGUUAAUUCUGUGAAAUUUUAGAACCGAAAUCCUAAAACUCAACUUUUUGCUGCUUGCUUAAUUCUUAACAAUAUAUUUUUUUGAUCUUGGGGUGACUUGACUGAAUCCUUCAACUGCUCUACGCGAUCAACACAUAAAUCAUUCUGCAACAAACAGGCAAAUGUUAGAGAUUUCGGUUCUAGAUUUUUUGCUGUUAACAGUAAAAGGCCAAAAAUAUGUUAUAAUUAUGAGGAUCAAAACUAAUGAUAAUUGACAAAUAAUUUGCUAACUAAAAUAGGUAAAAAUUUAAUCUCCAAAUAUAAACCAAUAAAGCUUAAAAUUUAAUUAAAAAAAAAAAAUUGCAUCAACUUCAUUAUCACAGAAAGUUGUACAAGUAUGUAAUUUUGAAUUUGAAAUUAAAAAUUCCUUGAAAAAUUCUCAAGAAUCAAGCUUCUAAAAUUAUAAAUAAAAAAUAAUUAAAAUUUACAACAUUUAAAAAAGCUCAUAUCAAUUUUAUGUCAUAAUUAUUUACAAAUUAACAAUAUUCUCCAAAAAUAACAUUGAAAAAUAUUGCUGGUGAUGCAACUUUGCAAAAAUACUAUUAUUGUUCCACAACUAUUCUUUCUAAAGCCAUUACGUACCCAUAUAGAUAAUAGAAGAAAGAUAUGAGAUAGAAGGCAAGCUUAAUCCAUCCUUCCCUCUGGCACAAUGUUAAUUGGUCCUGAUUCAUAAUACUUGUUGGAUCGUAGAUGCCAACAGUGGACAUAACUGGUCUCGUCCUGUACCUAUUAAUGUGGUACAAUAUUAACGGUAGAUUAAUGAAAAAAGUGAACCAUUCGCCUGCAAACGCCAGCAACAAGUUGAAGAACAUGUGAAGA